AUGAGACUAGAGAAAGAUACAGACGCAGAAGAAGAGCAAUGCAGCGUGUGGGUUGUCUACAGUACCUGCAGCAGCCCGUCCCAUCCAAGCCAACCACACAGCACUGCCAACUGCCCUGCCAACCUACGCCAACUGCCCUGCCAACCUACGCCAACUGACCUGCCAACCUACGCCAACUGCCCUGCCAACCUACGCCAACUGCCCUGCCAACCUAUGCCAACUGACCUGCCAACCGACGCAAACUGCCCUGCCAAGCUACGCCAACUGCCCUGCCAACCUACCCCAACUGACCUGCCAACCUACGCCAACUGCUCUGCCAACCUACGCCAACUGACCCGCCAACUGCCCUGCCAACCUAUGCCAACUGACCUGCCAACCGACGCCAACUGCCCUGCCAAGCUACGCAAACCACCCUGCCAACCUAUGCCAACUGCCCUGCCAACAUACACCAACUGA